CAAAAGCCUGUUUAGGCUAUUAACAUACCAGUACAUACCUACAUACAUAUUUAGGUGUAGAAAAUGCUCUCAAACUACUUACUUGUGCAGUUCACCAGCUCGCAACGAUUUCUACAACAACUUCUUCAGUAUUUAAGCAACUGUAGCAACUGGAGUCGUUGUGUUCAGUGUUUCACUAGACGUGUAAGGACUCGCACUUCCGAUACACCCUCACUAUCAUUUGCCUUAGAGGGUCGCGCUAAUGGGCAAGUUAGCCGUCCUUGGGGCUUAUGCGUUAAUAAAAUGGGUCCCAGAUUCACCUCCGAUAGACGUAAUAAUCGUGUGCAAGUUUUUAAUUCGGAUGGUACACUGAAGUUUAAAUUCGGCCGUAAAGGCUCUGGACGCAUUAUUAUUACAGAUUCUAAAAACCAACGAGUGACUAUCUACAAUUCCAACUUUAAAUAGAUUUGGAAAUUCAUCACCUUGCACCGAUUUCUCCAAAAACUUCUGGCAUCCUUUGCAUGGCCGUUCAAAUGACUUAGGUGGUGAUGGUAUUGGAAUGGCCAGACGGAAUUUUAUGCAUGGUACUGCAACACCAUCGUCUAGCAGCUCGAGCAUCAGUUGCAGUAUAUGUGAAGUAAAUGCGACCAAUCGUUGUAUUGAGUGUAAUGAGUUCUUGUGCAGUAAUUGCUGGCGUAACCAUCUCAAUGAUCCCCAAUUCGCAAAUCACUCGACUUUUCAUUUGCCCUCACCAAUUGGUACAAUGCCCACCGGUGGUUUUUCUGCUGGUGCAAUGAACAAUUCAAAACCCCAUCACUUUUGCGAUUUACACAAUGAGAUAUUGCAGUACGUUUGCCAACCUUGCAAGAUGUUGGUAUGCCAAUGUUGCACUCUUUAUGAGCACAACGAACAUACGUACUCUUCGGUACAAAGUUUCUACGACGAAUUGAAGGAUGUAAUUAAGAAUGAUCUUGAAAGUAGUAAUACGGGCAAGAUAUCUAUUAAGAGUAGUAUUGACAGAUCAUUGACAUUUAUACGGCUCGUCGAGCGUAAUUGUGCUGAACUGAGCGAAGAUAUACGCAAAACCUGCAGACAAUUUACAAGGGCUAUAGAGGAUAUCGAACGUUACUUAUUGGAAUCCGUUGAGCAAUUGCGCCAACGCCGUUUGGCUAUCUUAAAUGAUCAAAUGGCCGGAUUGAAAUCGGCUCUCGCUGGACUCUCUGAAACCAUGGAAAUUUUGAGAAAGACCUCAGUGAAUAUGUCAUGUAUGAAUAACUUUGAUAUAGCAAAGAAGGUUUUGAAUGCACAACGACAACUUCAGCAAUUUGCUGCCAUAUACAAAGAUUUAUAUCCAAAAUAUGAGGAAUUCGUAUUCGUUCCACCAAACGAUAAAAUAUUGCAGGAUGUACUCAAACAGGGUGUAAUUGUACGAGUAAAUGAUAAUAAUACGAAUGUGGUAAAUGGUGCUGCGGUUAACGGUGGAUCAGUCAGCGAUUGCUGUGUCCCAGUUGGCGGUGGAAUUUGUCGAUUCAAUUAUGAGAAUAGUUUCCGCGGUAUCCCUUCUCUAAUGUUGCCGUUACAUGGUUACAGCGCUAGUGCCAAUGAAAGGGACUUUGGCGUGUUGUGUAAACCGUCAAAUUUACGUUUAAGUGCACCACGUAGCACACAUUCUAUAACAAAUUUCAUUGGUCCUGUAAGGGCUCUCUGUUCCAAUACACCCUCACUAUCAUUUGCCACAGAGGGUCACGCUAAUGGGCAAGUUAGCCGUCCUUGGGGCUUGUGUGUUGAUAAGCUGGGUCACAUAUUGAUCUCCGACAGACGUAAUAAUCGUGUUCAAGUUUUUAAUCCGGAUGGUACACUGAAAUUUAUAUUCGGCUCCAAAGGCUCUGGAAAUGGAGAGUUUGAUUUACCAGCAGGCAUUUGUGUCGACAUAGAUAAUCGCAUAAUCGUUGUCGAUAAGGAUAAUCAUCGCGUACAAAUUUUCACUUGCACUGGUAUCUAUUUAUCGAAGUUCGGUAGCUUUGGCAAAGAGCGUGGACAGUUCCAAUAUCCAUGGGAUGUGGCUGUAAAUUCGCGACGCCAAAUUGUUGUAACCGAUUCACGUAAUCAUCGCAUACAGCAGUUCGAUUCGGAAGGUCGUUUUAUACGUCAAAUCGUCUUCGAAAGUAAUGCUAAAACUAAGAAUCCAGCUUCACCGCGCGGAGUUUGUUAUACACCAACUGGUACAAUAAUAGUAUCGGACUUCGAUAAUCAUUGUCUAUAUCUAAUUAAUCCAGAUUUGACUGAGAUCGUGUCAAUUAAAGGAGAAGAAGGUAAUGGAAUCCAAGAAUUUAAUCGUCCUUCCGGAAUUUGCUGCGACGACGAUGGACGCAUUAUUAUUGCAGAUUCUAAAAAUCAACGCGUCAUUGUUUACAAUCCCAGUUUAAAAUUUCUUUGGAACAUUGAAAUACGUCCGUCGAGAAAUCCCUCGAUGUCGCAUAACCUCGACGAAAAAGAUCGAGCUUGCGACGUUUCUCUUAUGCCUGAUGGUCGAAUUGUUUUCCUACUCGAAUUAUCACCUGACACGAAAGAAGAAUCCAAUCCUUAUAAAAGAUUUGUACACGUUUUUUAAUAAUAGUUAUUAAUAUCGCGUACCACAUCAAACGAAACAUAUAGGAACAACAAACUUUUUAAAAAAAUUGAUAUGAAAAAAUUCACACAAUCCCUGUAGUGAUAACAUCACCCGUUCCCCACAAAUUUGAGGAGGAUAUAUAGAUAUACAUAUAUAUCGCUCAUUUCCUUUAAUAGGGUCAUAAUAAAAAAGAAAUUUCAGAUAAGUAUGCAGAAUCUGUGGUCAUUCAUGGGUUCAUUAGUUGAAAAUAUGUCUUGAGUACUUCUUAGAAAGACAUAGCAAAUUGAAAAUUUUUAAAUUAAGCGAUAUAUAAUUAUAGAUAAAUAGUAAUUGAAUAGUACGAAAGUAGUAAAACAAAGAAAAAUGUGUUCGACACAGGAGUCACACCGCUAAUGUCCUUGCAAUGUUAAAUGCAAUAGUGACUUCAUUUUCGAGUAUGAUUUUUUUUUGUUUGAGAGAGGACCGUGUUAGAAUUGUUUUACAAUUAACUUUACACUCCGUUUACUCCAUUUAUACACCUUUUUUUUUUGUUUGUUUGCUAAUAUACAACCACAUGUACCUCAAUUAAAUUUUUUUUAUUUGUUAUUCAAAAUGUUUCUUAUCAUUUGUCAAACAGUUUCAUAUACAUACAUUCACACUUCUGCUGCAAACAAAAUCUAAAUAUAAUUUCACAGAAAGUUAAAAAUUGUGGCAUACUUGUGUAAUGUUAUCGGCUCUUAGAAAGACUUUAAAUGAUAAUGUUAAUAAGCAAUAAGAAAGUUAUGCGGCAAAGGAUUCUUUUCUUUUUUUUGUGAUUCUUGGUAAUAUACCAGAUAACCACAUUUUGUAAAACACAAUUGAAACAAAAUAGUAAUAUAUUACAUAAAUUACAAUAAAAGUCUAUAAGAAACAUACUACAAAAUGUACCUAAACUUAAAAAGAAGAGUUACAUACAAAAUACUUGAAAAAGCAAGAUUCAAACCUGAGUACACAGUUUGCAUAUGAUUAAAGUACUUUCAAAACAACAAUUCAAACGAAAAUACUAUGACUUUAGGUCAACUGCAACUUAAAGCCGCCGAUUUUGAUUAAAAGAAUGAUUAAUAAAUAAAUGGGUUUUGUUCAGCUCAAGAAAAUGCAGACUCGGUAGAACUAUUCAAGAGAACUUGAAUUUUAUAGUCGAUGUGUUCAACAUGUGAUCUCACACUUUCAUAUUUAAAAUUUAUAGUAAUAUUUAUCCAAUAAUUUACUAACUUAACUGCUAAGUUUAAUUUCGAUUUCUCGUGCUCUGUUUGUAUGUGUGCACUAUAUGUAUGCUUUGUGCUUUAAAAAAAAUUUAAUUUUACAUUUUAUGUCAAAAUGUUUACUUAAAAUUGAAAGUUGAGAACGUAGAGUGUGUGCGAGAACUAUGAGGGCUCUUUUUCGCAUUUAUUUUCGCUUAAUAUUUUACUACAUACCAACACAAACUAUUUGUAUUCUUUUGACAAAUAUUCUAUAUUAGUUUAUUUAACUUUAGAAGGUUUUGCUUUUAAAUAAUUUAAAUAGUAUGAAAAUUUUAAUAUUCCACAUCAAAUUCUGAAAGUUCUAAAAAUUCGAAUACUUUAAUUCAACUUCGAAAGAUUUAUAAUUUUAAUAUAUUUUAUCGAGUCUCAACAUUUUAAUGCUUGAUAAAUAGAUUAAGUUGAAUUAAACCUUUAUGUCAAAAGUUUACCUACUGACAUAUAUAUUAUAUGUGUAUAUUUUAUUUCAUUUGACGGAAAAAUAAAUCUGUACGCACUUUAAAUACUCAAAGUUUUACCAACUGAGCCACAUAUUUUAUAAAGAAUUUUAGUAUUCAUUUAAAUUAAGAAAAGUUAAUAUAAUAUUUCGGUCCUAUUUUGCUAACUAUUUUUACUAUUUGGUAUAAAAACUAAAUACAACGUAUAACUCGAUUUAUACCUACCUACGUAAGACUGAAUAGAAAUUAACGAAUACGAGAUACGACAUACUUAAAUACGAGCAAGACAUUAAAAACCAAAAAAAAACAGUUCAAAAACUAUCAACUAAGCUUUGAAUAUUUUAUUUGAAAGCUCAUUGCCAUUAUAAGCUCUUGUGAGUCCAAAUAAGAAUUCGAAAACUUAAGAUGCCGAUGAUCAUGAUGAUGAUGAUGAUGAUGAUGAUGACGAUGAUGAUGACGUUGAUGAACAAGAGAAAAGAUGAGAUAAGUAUGCGUAAAUAUUUAUUGAAAAGCAAUCUGAGUACAAAUUUGAAGUACAAUUAGCACUAAAUGUUUGAAAAGAUCAUUUGUGCAUUUAUUAAGAAACUAAAAAUAAAAAUUUAUACACAAAAACAACUUAAUAAGUAAAACUUAGCCUAAUAAAGUAUUUUACUUAAAAACGUAUAUACUGCAAUUUAUAUAUAAUAAAAAACAUUAUUAAAAUAAAACGCAUGUAGCUAAGAAUAUAUAACAAAAUAUCAUAUAAAAAUACACCAGAUGUGGUUAACAGAUACAUACAUACAUACCUACAUAUACUUGAUUAAUGCCAUUAUUUGCUUUCAUGCGUAUGUGUAUGUAAAAAAGGUACAUAAAAAUAAAAAUUGUCUGGCAACAUCAAAAAUUCCGGGCACUAUGUAACAUCUUUCUAUCUACGAAAAAUAUAUUAAAAUCGAUAUUUGUUGUUCUAUGUACGUUUAUCGAAAACCGAAAACUUAACAUCUACAUACACAUAAAAUAUUUUAUUGUACGUAACAAAAUCAUACAUGCAUGCAUAUAUUAAGUACGAGAAAAUAAUUUUACCAACAAUUUUACAAAAUCAAUAAAAGUGCUCUCAACGCACAAAAAAAAUCCGUUGUUUCAA